CAAAAGACUGGCUCCCUGCCAGGGGCACCGCCCGCCUCGAGCACACUCCUCCGUCCUCCCUGCUGCCUACCCCCCCCCUUCCACUGUCCCAUUCUCCUCUCCCUGCCCCUCGCUUGCCCAUACGCCCGCCCGACAAGACGCCCUUCCCUGGCGCCCUUUCUGCCUCCCCCCUCCCCCCCAGCUCGCCCAUACACGCGCGCCCACACACACGCCCCCCGUACCCAGGCAUACCCAGGCACACAAACGUGCACGUACACGUACGCACGCACACAUACACAGCCGGCCCAUGUCCGCUCUGCAGAAGAUGUCCCGGCUGCGGGUCGCGGCGCCUUUGGCCGCAGCGGCGGCCCCGGCCGCGGGAUCGCACUUGAGCGCCCCCCGGACGUCGGACUCCGUGGCCUUGACUCGAAGCAUGGUGUCGCAGGGCGGCCAGCGGGCCUCCGAGGCUGUCAUGCACCUGCGCGCCCAGGGCGCCGCCACGCGGGCCAUCACCGACAAGCAGACCCCCUUCGCCGUGUCGCAGCGGGCCGCCUUUAAGCCGAUCAAGUCCCUGCGGCAUCUCCACCGCAAUGUUCCGGAGGCUGGCGGGUUCUACUUUUCGGCAGCGGCGACCGCGGCGUCCACUGCGGCGGCGGCGGCGGCGGCGGCGGCGGCGGCGGCGGCGGCAGCGGCGACGACGUCGGCGGCAGCUGCAGCCGCCGCUUCGGCCAAUGCCCCGGCGCCCGCCGCUGGCGAUGCCCCGCUAUCGCCGCUGCUUGGGUCGCUGCUGCGUCUGGCCGACAACGCCGGCAACUCGCUAUCCAACAUGCUGGCGCUGGACGCGGCGCCUGCCGCCGAUGUCAACCAGGCUGACAACCUGUCUCCCGAGAGCGCGGCCCUGCUGGAGGAGGCCAUUGCGGAAGAUCGCCGCAUCGAGGGCCUCAUCACGGAGGCCUUUGUGCAAGCCACGCCGGCCGGCCUCACGGCCGCCACCCGGCUCUUCCUGCGGCAUGUCGCCCAAGCCAAUGCCAUGCACAAUGUCGGCGCCCACCCGGCCCGCACGCAGGCCGGCUUCCGGUACUACAGCCCGGAGGGGCAGCUCCUGGCGCCGGGGCGGCCGUCCAUUGUCGGGCCGCUGGAUGCCUACCUGGCCGGCCUGCUGUCGCUGCCGAACCUGGGCCUCCGUCGGCUUGCCAUCUUCCUGCACACGCAGCUGGCUCGCCGGCCGCAAAUGGCCCGCGAGUUGGACACCCGGCUGGCAGACGCCAUGCGGACCUGGAAGCAGGUGGCCGCCGCCGCCGGCGCCCCGGACGGCCCCCUGACCCCGGAGCAUGUGCAGGGCUUCGUGGAUACCUUUUCGCCGAUUUUCAAGUACAUCCGCUUGGAGAUCCCCCCCACGCGGGCCUUCAUCUCCGGAGCCCUGUGCUGGGAGCUGGGGCGCAUUGGCGGCGAGCGCUUCCUACCGACCGACCUGCCGGCCGAGCUGAGCGCUCUCUACGCCCAGCGCCAGGAUCCCUCCCAGUCGGCGACUGCGGCGCUGGAUGAUUGCUUCAAGAUUCUCCUCCGGUCGGAGAGCCUGGCCCUGCCGGCUCGUGCGGCCGACCUCCGGGCCGUGGCCAGCCUUGCCCUGUCUGCGGGGGACUUCCACUCGGCGGUGGCCCUCCUGGCGCACAGCGCCCAGUCGGAGCCUCUCACGGCCGACCAUUUGAAUGCCCUGCUGCAGCACGUGGACUCCUUCGGCCACAUGGUGACCUUCCUCGAUGCCGUGCAGACCUACCUGCCGGAUCUCGCGGGGGACUCCUCGACUGUGGUGUCCUUGUUGCAGACGAUCGCCCGGACGGCGGCCCGGCAGGCUGCCCCCGUGGUCGAGGCCCCGGGCCAGUCACCCACUCUGGCCCGCGUGCUGGACACCACGGCGACCGGCCUGGCACCAGUGCUGGCCCACCGCAAGGGGGCCACCAGCCGCCAGCUUCCCCCCUCCGGCAGGGCGCCCGCCUCCGAGUGGGACACCGGCAACCCGCUGCUGGUGCUGGAUCUGGCUCAGCGUCUGCUUCGCCUGCAUCCUGGCCAGCUGAACUCCGAGGCCUUCUCGGCUCUGUUGCAUGCCCUGGCCGGGCCCAACCGGCCCGACGGCCCGGCUCGCGCCGCCGGGUUGGUGGGCCUCCUCCGGCGCGUGGCUGAGCGCUUCCCCGGGGACUUCCCCGAUGAGGACGCCGUCGGGCUAGCCAUCGACGCGGCGAUCGCCUCCCGCGACAGACAUCUUAUCAUGGACCUGGUCGGCAUCCUCCCCCGGUCGUAUGACCGGUCGCACGUGCGGCUGCUCGACGGCCUGGCCGAUCUGGACAUUUCGGUUGCCUCCUCCUCGCUGGUGAAGUACCUGGAGGCCGGGGAGGUCCCCUCUUUCUCGCCGGUCCGCUUCUUGGACGAGGCCUCCCUCGGGAAGUUCCUUCACCGCGAGGGCCCGCUGUCGGGAGACCUGUUUGGGUCGCUCGUUUCGUGCCUCAUGGCACAUGGACGCCUGCGCGAUGCCCAAGCCCUGGUCUUGGCCCACCACCAGGAGCACGGGGCCGAGGCGGCUCUCACGGCCAUGACUCGCGGCUGGCGCGCUGGCGCAACGCUCGAGCGCGCCAUUGGUCUCACUCUCUUCUGGGCCGUGCGCCUCCUCGAUGCGCCGGUCUCCGAUGCCUUCGUCGAUACUCUGACCGACAAGCUGUUUGUCAUGCAGCAUGAUGCGGCCGGUGGCUCGGGCCCCAGCUCAGCGGCCGCCAUCCGUGAGUCGGCCCUGUACCAGGCCAUUCGCGAGGAGGUGGUCGCCAGUCUGGAGGCCCUGUCGGCCAUUCGGUCCUCGGGGGCCGAGCAAACGCCGGCUGCCGACGCUCCCGCCGAGGAUGCCGAAGAUGUGGCCACCGCCAACGAGCACGCCCCGGAGGGGACUCCCGUCGCCAAGGACCACGAGGCCGUGGUGUCUGAGGCCUUCCUCACGGCCAGGAAACGUCUCCUUGGGAUUGCCACCGGCGCGCCAGCAACAAGCCCCUCCUCAUAAACACCGCGAGGGAAGGGAACAGAGAGGGGGUCGGACAGUCGGUGCCCUCCCGCCGAGGCUUCCUCUCUGCCCUCCCCAGCAAAGCGGUCCCAUAGAUGCAUGUUGCCUCGCACAGGGGGCGGGGGUGAAGACCUCCCCCCUGAAUAGAUUCCAUAUGUGCCC